AUGGCCGCGCCUGGAGAGCCCUGCACCGGUCUGAGGGUCUGGAACCAGACAGAGCAGGAGCCUGUGGCCCAUCAGUUGCUCAGCCUGUGCUUCCUGAGAACAGCUGGGGGCUGGGCGCCCCCCUUGUACCUCUGGGUCCUCGGCCCCAUCUACCUGUUCUACAUCCAUCGCCAUGGCAGGUGCUACCUCCGGAUGUCCCACCUCUUCAAGGUCAAAAUGGUGCUUGGCUUUGCCCUCAUACUUCUAUACACCUUCAAUGUGGCCAUGCCUCUGUGGAGGAUCCACCAGGGGAUGCCCCAGGCACCAGAGCUUCUCAUUCACCCUACCGUGUGGCUCACCACCAUGAGCUUUGCCACCUUCCUGAUUCACAUGGAGAGGAAGAAGGGAGUCCGGGCAUCUGGGGUGCUAUUUGGAUACUGGCUGCUUUGCUGUCUCCUGCCAGCUAUUGACACUGCCCAGCGGGCCUCUGCAGGGAGCUUCCACCGUGAGCCCCUCGAUCACCUGGCCACCUACCUUUGCUUAUCCCUGGUGGUGGCGGAGUUCACGCUGUCCUGUCUGGUGGACCAGCCACCCUUCUUCUUGGAAGACUCCCAGACAUUGAAUCCGUGUCCAGAGACUGAGGCCUCAUUUCCCUCCAAGGCCAUGUUCUGGUGGGCUUCUGGGCUCCUGUGGAGGGGCUACAGGAAACUGCUGGAACCGAAAGACCUGUGGUCACUUGGAGGAGAAAACUCUUCAGAGGAGCUCGUUUCCCAGCUGGAAAGGGAAUGGAGGAAGGACUGCCGUGUGCUGCCGGGGCACUCCAAGGUGUUUAAAAGCAAAGGGAACCGUGGUGUGGGAGCCCCUGAGACAGAGGCCUUCCUGAAGCCGGAGAGGAGCCAGCGGGGCCCGCUGCUCAGGGCUAUCUGGCAUGUGUUCCGGUCCACUUUCCUGCUGGGGACCCUCAGCCUGGUCAUCAGUGAUGCCUUCAGGUUCGCUGUCCCUAAGCUUCUCAGCCUGUUUCUGGAGUUCAUGGGCGACCGAGACUCCCCAGCAUGGACGGGCUGGCUCCUGGCUGUGCUGAUGUUCUUGUCAGCCUGCCUACAGACGUUGUUUGAACAGCAGCACAUGUACAGGGUCAAGGUCCUACAGAUGAGGCUUCGAACAGCCAUCACCGGCCUGGUGUACAGAAAGGUCCUGGUGCUGUCCAGUGGUUCCAGAAAGUCCAGCGCAGCAGGGGAUGUGGUCAACCUGGUGUCAGUGGACAUACAGCGGCUGACGGAGAGUGUCCUCUACCUCAAUGCGCUGUGGCUGCUCUUCCUCUGGAUCAUAGUCUGCUUUGUCUACCUGUGGCAGCUCCUCGGACCCUCUGCCCUCACGGCCAUCGCUGUCUUCCUGAGCCUCCUCCCUCUGAAUUUCUUCAUCACCAAGAAAAGGAGCUACCACCAGGAAGAGCAGAUGAGGCAGAAGGCCUCCCGAGCGCGGCUCACCAGCUCCAUACUCAGAACUAUGAGAACCAUCAAGUCCCAUGGCUGGGAGCAAGCCUUCCUCGAGAGACUCCUUCAUAUCCGGGGCCAGGAGCUAGGCGCUCUGAAGACCUCCGCCCUCCUCUUCUCUGUGUCUCUCGUGUCCUUCCAAGUGUCUACAUUUCUGGUGGCACUGGUUGUGUUUGCUGUCCACACCCUGGUGGCAGAGGACAACGCCAUGGAUGCAGAGAAGGCUUUUGUGACCCUCACGGUGCUCAGCAUCCUUAACAAAGCCCAGGCCUUCCUGCCCUUCUCUGUACACUGCAUCGUUCAGGCUCGAGUGUCCUUUGACCGGCUGGCUGCCUUCCUGUGUCUGGAAGAAGUAGACCCCAGUGGCAUGGACUCAAGUCCCUCCAGAUGCUCCUCAAAGGAUCGAAUUUCUGUACACAAUGGCACUUUCGCUUGGUCCCAGGAGAGCCCUCCCUGCCUGCACGGGAUCAACCUCACCGUGCCUCAGGGCUGUCUGCUGGCUGUUGUGGGUCCAGUGGGGGCUGGGAAGUCCUCCCUGCUGUCUGCCCUGCUUGGGGAGCUGUUGAAGGUAGAAGGGUCUGUGAGCAUUGAGGGUUCCAUGGCCUACGUGCCCCAAGAGGCCUGGGUCCAGAAUACCUCGGUGGUGGAGAAUGUGUGCUUCAGGCAGGAGCUGGACCUGCCCUGGUUGCAGAAAGUUCUGGAAGCCUGUGCCCUGGAGUCUGAUGUGGCCAGCUUCCCUGCAGGAGUUCACACCCCAAUAGGGGAGCAGGGCAUGAACCUUUCCGGGGGCCAGAAGCAACGGCUGAGCUUGGCUCGGGCUGUGUACAGAAAGGCUGCUGUGUACUUGCUGGAUGACCCCCUGGCGGCCCUGGAUGCCCACGUCAGCCAGCAUGUCUUCAAACAGGUCAUCGGGCCCAGUGGACUGCUCCAGGGUACGACUCGGAUCCUGGUGACGAACACGCUGCACGUCCUGCCCCAGGCUGACCAGAUCCUGGUGCUGGCCAACGGGACCGUCGCAGAGAUGGGCUCUUACCAGGACCUUCUGCACAGGAACGGAGCCCUGGUGGGUCUUCUGGAUGGAGCCAGACAGCCGGCAGGUGGAGGAGAAGGAGGUACACACGCUGAGGCCACCAGUGAUGACCUCGGAGGCUUUCCUGGAAGUGGGAGGCCCAAGCACAGACCAGAGAGGCUCAGGCCCAUCGAGUCGGCCCCUGUGAAGGACAGCACCACUUCAGAGGCACAGACAGAGCCUUCUCUGGGUGACCCUAAGGGGGCAGGAUUGACAGCAGGCGAGGACAGCGAGGACAACAUGCAGCAUGGCCGGGUGAAGGCCACCACAUACCUGAGCUACCUGCAGGCAGUGGGCACACCCCUCUGCACCUACACCCUGUUCCUCUUCCUCUGCCAGCAAGUGGCAUCCUUCUGCCAGGGCUACUGGCUGAGCCUCUGGGCGGACGACCCGGUCGUGGAUGGACGGCAGAUGCAUGCAGCCCUGCGUGGCUGGGUCUUUGGACUCCUUGGCUGUCUCCAAGCCAUCGGCCUCUUUGCUUCCAUGGCUGCGGUGUUCCUGGGUGGCGCCCGGGCCUCAGGCCUGCUUUUCCGGAGCCUCCUGUGGGAUGUAGCUCGCUCUCCCAUCGGCUUCUUCGAGAGCACACCUGUCGGGAGACUGCUGAACCGCUUCUCCAAGGAGACGGACACGGUGGACGUGGACAUCCCGGACAAGCUGAGGUCCCUGCUGACCUAUGCCUUUGGCCUCCUGGAGGUCGGCCUGGCGGUGUCGAUGGCCACGCCUCUGGCCAUUGUGCCCAUCUUGCCGCUCGUGCUCCUCUACGCUGGGUUUCAGAGCCUCUAUGUGGCCACCUCUUGCCAGCUGAGACGCCUGGAGUCCGCCAGCUACUCAGCUGUGUGUUCCCAUAUGGCUGAGACCUUCCAGGGCAGUCUGGUGGUCAGGGCCUUCCGGGCCCAGAGACCCUUCACGGCGCAGCAUGACGCCCUUAUGGAUGAGAACCAGAGGGUCAGUUUCCCACGACUGGUGGUUGACAGGUGGUUGGCUGCCAACCUGGAGCUCUUGGGGAAUGGCCUGGUGUUCGUGGCCACUAUGUGCGCUGUGCUGAGCAAGGCUCACCUGAGUGCCGGCCUCGUGGGCUUCUCAGUCUCCGCUGCCCUCCAGGUGACACAGACCCUGCAGUGGGUGGUCCGCAGCUGGACGGAUCUGGAGAACAGCAUGGUGGCGGUGGAGCGCACGCAGGACUACGCUCACAUCCCCAAAGAGGCUCCCUGGAGGCUGACCACCUGUGCAGCCCGACCUCUUUGGCCUAGCGGGGGACAGAUUGAGUUCCGGAACUUUGGGCUCAGAUACCGACCAGAGCUGCCGCUGGCUGUGCGAGGCGUGACCCUGAAGAUCCAUGCAGGAGAGAAGGUGGGCAUCGUGGGCAGGACAGGGGCCGGGAAGUCCUCCCUGGCUUGGGGCCUGCUGCGGCUUCAGGAGGCCGCUGAGGGUGAUAUCUGGAUCGACGGAGUCCCCAUCGCCCACGUGGGACUGCACACGCUGCGGUCCCGAAUCACCAUCAUCCCUCAGGACCCUGUCCUGUUCCCAGGCUCUCUGCGCAUGAACCUGGACCUGCUUCAGGAGCACACAGAUGAAGGCAUUUGGGCGGCGCUGGAGACGGUGCAGCUCAAGGCCUUUGUGGCCAGCCUGCCCGGCCAGCUGCAGUACGAGUGUGCAGGCCAGGGAGAUGACCUGAGCGUGGGUCAGAAACAGCUCCUCUGCCUGGCACGUGCUCUUCUCCGGAAAACCCAGAUCCUCAUCCUGGAUGAGGCCACCGCCUCCGUGGACCCAGGGACGGAGAUGCAGAUGCAGGCAGCCCUUGAGCGCUGGUUUGCUCAGUGCACAGUGCUGCUCAUUGCUCACCGCCUGCGCUCUGUGAUGGAGUGUGCCAGGAUUCUGGUCAUGGAUGAGGGGCAGGUGGCCGAGAGCGGCAGUCCAGCCCAGCUGCUGGCCCAGCAAGGCCUGUUUUACAGGCUAGCCCAGGAAUCAGGCCUUGCCUGAGCGGGACUCUUGACAGCCUCUUGGAGACAGCCCUAGUGCCUGCAGUGGCUGGGAAUGCCAGAGACCCAGGGGCCACUGGGGCUCUGCAGGAUGUCCAAUCUUGACUCCUCUCUAGGAGAAAGAUGGCAGAGAAAGUGACAGAAGAUUGGAAUACCAGACCCAGAAGAACCCAGCAUGCCCAGGUUGGCCUGAGCAAGGCCAUGGUCACUCUGCAGCCAAAGUGGACAGUGACUCUCAGCUCAAGCUCUACUUCAAGGCCACACCCACCUCAGGCUGGACGCCCAGGACCUGGGUGAUGGUGUGCACAUUUCCCUAACUCCUUAUUUUGAUGUCAUUGUAGAUUCCACACAGUUUUAAGGAACCACACAGAAAACCUGUGGACCCUCUGCCCUUUUUGUUCCGGAGGUGACACCUUGUCCAACCCUAGGACAAGAUCAAGCGGCACACUGACACAUUGUGACUCCAACAGUCUCUUCACAUUUCCUCUGUUGCCUGUGUGUCUGUGUAUGGGUCCAGUGCUUUUUCGUACUGUUUUUUGAGAAAGAAUUUCACAUAGCCCAGGCUGGCCUUGAGCUCUAUUUAUAGCUGAGGAUGGCCUUGAACUUGUGAUGCUCCUGCCUCCCCUCCCAAGUGCUGGGAUUACAGGCCUGUGUCAUCACACCCCCUUUGUGGGUCCCAAACCAAAUGCUUUAUGCGUGCUUGAUAAGCACUCUAGUAACUGCAUUACAUCCCCAGCUCUGGAUCCAGUUCUACACCUAUUUAAAAUUGUUACGGUGAAGAGUCUCUCACUAUGUAGAGGCCUCAAACUCAAGAUCCUCCUGUCUCCAUUUCCAGAGUGCUGGAAGGACAGGUAUGUGUCACCACACUCACCUUGACUCUUCACAGUUAUCUAGCAACAUUACUGCCACUGUUGGCUGUGGGCCAGGGCUGGUGAGUCCUGUGCAUGAUAGUGGUUGAGCAAUAUCCUUGGUUUCUGCUCAGAGAUGCCCUUCUAUAGCAGUGGCAAAGCUAUUACCGCACACUGCCAUGGUCCCCCGGGGCUGCAUCACUGAUUAACUCUGCCCUAGUACCACCCAUGACUCACUGAUACAUGGGCAAUGACUAUGUUGGGUCAGGAGAGGAGAGGACUCCUACCUGCUUCUAGGAUACAGGGCUUGUUCUUCCCAGUACCCUGAGGCUUCUCUGAUGGGCCGCCUUGAUACAGGGUUUGGGGGGUUUCCUUUCAGCCCAGAGCGAUUCCCCUUUGCUAGUACAGCCUGCAUCUCCUUCUGAGGCUUUCCACAUGGCAAGGAACCAGUCUCAUCACCAGGGCUACUUUUGUUGUGCAAUAGAAGAAACUGAAGCCGAAAAGUGGGGACACGGGGUACCCAGUGGCCAAGUGACAACUUACCCCAGGGCUUCUCACCCCCCAGGCUGAGUGGUCCUGUGGGCAGUUCUGUUCUGGAGGAACCAGAGAUGGGCCACACAGCUGUCUGGCCUGGGACAUAGGCUGCUGUGUGUCUGGGGAUGCUGGAGAGACUCUGUGGGGGGCCUGCCUUGGUCUGGGAAUAGAGCCUGGGUCACAGGGUGGCCAUCACAUGGGAACACCUGGCAGGCUGGCAGGGUGAUCCAACCCAUCAAUCCCUCAGCCAAGGUCACCUGCCAGCAGGGUCCAGCCUGUGGGAGGAACAGGAAUCAGCUCCAGCAGGCCACAGGCCACAUCUUCAGCCUCUCGCUGUCCCUGUGGGCCUUUUGCUUUUCUGUAGUGUUGAAGACGGAGCCCAUGCCUGGCCAACGCUGUCCCUGAUCCAUCUGCCCCCCUGCCUGACACUGGAGGUGUCUCAGCUGUACCAGAGUCUUUUUCCUCACUGCAGAUACAGCUGUGUACCACGCAUGGCUGUGAAUGCAGGCGACUCAGGGCAGGCAGGUGCUGCCAUUCGGCCCCCAUCCCUCCUGUGUCCCUUAGUGGAUGUAUAUGACAGCCACUGAAUCCCUUUGACAGAAGAGAAAACCAAGGCCUGGGCAUUUUAGUGCCAAUCUCUGCCCAGCUUCCCAGCCAGCAGGCCUCCCCACCUCCUCAGCAUAUGCCCAGAACUGACUUCCAGCCUAGACCCCCACCUCAAGGGCAGAGGCUAAGGGCAAGCUUCCUUCCCUCGAAGCUGUAGGUCUGUCUACCAUGUGGUUCCAGAGCCUUGCCCAGUACACAGCAUGGUUACUCAAUGCAUGCUGACUGGGUGAGCCAGGGACAGGAAGGAGGGCUAGUGAAUGCAACACAUCCAUUGGCAAGUGGUCUCGGUCCAGGCCCUGUACCACGUGGUUUUUCUGAAUUGUUGCAUACUCAUUAACCCCCGCCAGUGCCGUGUGAUGACCUCUGUGGUACCAAUGCGGGAUCUGCAGUACCUCAAGGGUUAGGUUCAAGAGGCCCUGGUGACAACAGACCUAUGUUUUGUCCCAUCUGAGAACCCUGGCUCUGUGUGGGAGCUGUGUGAGGCACUCUAGAGGAGGAAACGGCCUGGAAUGAACACAGAUAGCAGAGGCCAGUGAAACAGACCUGGGAGAGGACACAGGAGGGCUGUGACAGAGUUAUACCACAGACUCGUGUGGGGUCAGUAUGGCAGCUGGGCAGAUGACAGACUGUGUGGCUGAGUGAUGUCAAGGACAGAAGUUGGGAGUCCUGAGGAAGAGCUAGCCCCUUCUCUCCUCAUCUGAGAAUUUGGUUGCUGCUGCCCCCAACUGCUUCUUCACAGAGUUCUGGGGUGGAAAAUAUAGGCAUUGGUCUCAUUGAGGCCAAGUAGAUCAGCCAACAGCUAGCUGUCCUUCCCACCCCCACCCCACACCCAACCAAGACCAGCAGAUUAAACUGGACCCCGGUGCCCAUCCCAGUUGUCUCCUCAGUGAGCACUCUGAGGCCUGGUAUUGGAACUCAGAAACACACCCCACAUGUCUGUGAACAGGGUCAACCCUGUAGGUCCACAGGUUCACCUUGUGUAGUCCGUGAUGGUAUUGAGCUGGUGGGCAAUAGUGAGCACAGCAGAGCCUUCAUACUGCAUCUGGAUGAUGGAAUGAAUGAGGUCAACUCUCUCUAGGUCCACAGCUGCGGUAGCCCAUCCAACACUAGAACGUUUGUCUUGCUCGGUAGAGCCCAGGCCAGGCACACGAGUUGGCACUGCCUGAUGCUAGAAAGGGAGGAAAGCACAAGGACAGGGGCUCGAACCACUCUGAUCUUGAACCGGGUCUUGGGUGGGAGAAAGCUAGCAGACAGUUUGGGAGGCUUUGGGCAGGGGAACAAAUCCAUUCCUCAUAGCCAUGCCCAUGGCAGACAUUACUAAUCGAUCACACUACCCUUCCUGGUGAGCAGAAAAUGAGCUUAGAAUCAUUCCCAGCACAAAGUUCAGAGGUGAUAUUCGAAGAAUCAGCCCAGUAUGGUACAGAUGACAAAGGAUAGCAAAAGUGCCUUAGUAUCCAUGCGUCUCGCUGAACUGAAGGGGCUGCAGCAUUGGCUGGGCUCAGAUGUGUGCCUGGCCUUGGCCAAUGCGAUGCUGGUAGAGGCCUGAUGAGAGAAUGAACUCUGAGCAUGCUCAUUCUUAUACAUCUCCCAUCACCAUGACAACAUGCCUUGGCCAGUCUUCUGGGGUGGAAAAUAUAGGCAUUGGUCUCAUUGAAGCCAAGUAGAUCAGCCAACAGCUAGCUGUCCUUCCCACCCCCACCCCACACCCAACCAAGAUCAGCAGCCCAGCCGCUGGCUGACCACCCCAGCAUGGGAGCAGAAUGGAGGCUGGUUGCCCUGGCGAUGGAUAGCUAAAGAACCCUAAUGCAGCUGCUGAGAUGCACCAAGGCCACUACAGCUGUGGGAACAUUGCACCAGACUCUGUCUGGAGCUGGUGGCAGAAUUUGGCAGAAGGCAGACACAGGUAGAUCUCUAUGAGCUCGAGGCCAGACAGACUAGAUAGUGAGACCUUGUCUCAAAAAUAAAUAAAAAUAACUUGACAGUGUU